AUGGCUGGUGUGUUUGGGGAUUUGGGUCUGUUUUCUGAAUUUGAGAAGGACCGGGAGGCGCAAGGAAGUUUUAUACAUUACGACGAAGAAAAUGUAAGGUCUAGAAUUGUAUUUGAAGAUUACGCGGAAGAUGAGAAUAAAUCGGAAGACGAGGGAAGGAAUGAAGAGAUUGAAGAAGCAUCAGCAAGCGAUGUUGUCGUUGAGAACAGGAAGGUGCAGAACCGUGAUGUUGAAGAUUCGGAUUCUUUGCCGACUAAAAGUCCUACUGAAGAUCGUGAGGAUAUAAGAGAGCAGUCAGCACUGGGUGCUAAGAAGGGAGCAUCAUCAUCAUCAAAUGGCGGCCCAGUGAAUAAACGGCAGUUGCCAGAAGAUGAUGCUGCUAGAACGGCUUGGUUGAGUGAGCAGUUGUAUGCAGAAGCAGGGGAAGAGGCAAAACACAGCAGUUGUGCUAGCACACAACAACUGAUUUAUGAGAGAAAUAAAUAUCGCCGAUAUGCCAAGAUACUUGAUUCUACAAGGUAUGUUCCCGAUGAGGACAGUCCAUCUGUGCAGCUCAUCUUUAACAACAAUUCCUUUGCUCGCAAAUAUCGACAACAAAUUGAACAGUUCAUCAAGAGUCUUUUGUGGGAAGAGCUCAACUCCACCAGCCAUGAAACAGUUCCAGAGAUCACUGUAAAGCCCGGUGCUCCAUCGUGCGUGGACAUUAACAGUAGUCUGCCUCCAGAGAAAAGGGGAGAAAGAAUGCGGCAGAGACAUGCGAUUAUUGGCAAUAGCCAGUUUCACAAGCAGUUUCUGAUUGACUUCUUGGGUUGGCCAUUCCCAGUGUCCGAGCCCACAAGAUGUAACGUCAACUGGGAGAUACCUUUAUAUGGCCAAGUGUUCAAUGAGGUGUAUGCAGAUCCUACAAACAAAGCUAAAAAGCCCAACAAGAAGCAGAAACCAGCUUGCUGGAACUGCGGCGAGGAGAAUCAUGCAGUGAAUGAGUGCAAAGUGGCCAGGAAUCCAGCCAUGAUUUCUGCCAACAGGCGAGAGUUUUUAGCACAACAGCAGCAGAAGCAGGGAGGCUUUGAGCCCAAAUUCAC